AUGAAAUUUUUAUUAUUAUUGUCAUUGAUUGCCUUAGUAUCUGCUUUACCUCCUCCAAGUGAAUCAAUUGACAAAAGAGCUGAAUCUUUUGUAUGCCCCUCUGGAGCUACAAAAUGUCAAACAAGAUUUAAGAAAGCGUCUUUAGAUAUCGAAGUUAAAGAUCAAUAUUCAUUAGGUAAAAUUUAUGGUGAUGACGGAAAGGAAUUACCUGUUUAUAUUGUAAAUAUUGAUGGUCAACUGCCAGGGUACGCAUUUUUUAACAAUUUUAUAUAAUUUCUUUCCAUCAAUAUUAACACAUUCAAGAAAUGCAUGUAAUGCUCAAAAAUUCAUUGUCAAUAACUAUAACAAUGAUAAUUACUUUAACAAAGAUGGUUAUAUUGUAUUGGCUCGUGGUUCUGGUUAUGAUAGAGAUCAAGUUUUAAGAGGUUAUUCAUGUUCUUCAAGCUCUUAUCAAAGAGAUGAAUUUCCUCCAAAUAGUGCUAACUCAAUCAUGGAAAAAGUUACUGACAUUAGUGUUCUUUGUAUAACUGCACUGGACAAUGAGAUUGAUGGAUGUAACCUCCUGCGUUUUUUCACUGGUACAGCUGCGAAGAAAGCUACAGGUUCAUCGCAAUGUGUUACUAAUGAUAAUACUCAUUAUCAUCCAAAUCAAGCUAGUUCCACUCCAAGAAAUUUUCAAAUUGAACAAGGUGAAAAAUUUGCUGUUGUAAUUAAUACUAAAAAUUCAAAUGGUUGUAAAGCUUAUACUUGA